GCGGCGGACGAGGAGGCCAGCGAGGAGCGUGCUACACAUGUGGAGAGACGACACACUUCGCCAGGGAAUGCCCUCAAGGCCAGAACAAACGAGGAAGAGGUGGCUACAACAAGAGAGGAGGAGGUAGAGGCCAAAUAACUCUGAACCUACAGGUACCACAGCCGCAACAAACUCAGCAACCAGCGGGUCUGCCUCUGCUUCAGCCACCGAAUGCGACACAGAUGCCGGUCGCGACAUGGACCCUGGACCAGUGGGAUGGCGACCAAUGAGGAGGCCCAGAGGAUCCGACUGCAGGUGACAUCCAAGCCAGUAAAGUACCAAUGGUCACCUGCAUGAUUGAUGGAGAAAAAGUGGAGUUAAUGGUGGACACAGGUGCGGCAGUGUCAUGCCUGAACAAUCUAAAAGGGACAACCCCACUCUCUUCUAAAACCAUCAGGACAGUUGGAUACUCGGGACAAAGCGAAGAACAGCGGUACACCCAGCCACUAAUCACCACAGUCGGCUCACAAACACUGACACAUUCAUUUCUGCAUGCCCCCAAAUGCCCCAUGAACCUGAUGGGGAGAGACCUGCUGCUGAAAAUAGGAGUUACCAUCACCUGCUCCACAAAAGGAUUGGCGUUGUAUAUGCCAGGAGUAGAAACAUCAAAAACAAUCAGUGAUGGCCAGAGGAUACUGUUCAUGGGCACUAACACAAAGACACCAGUAGGAAUGACAGAAAUGACGCAAAUAUACUGGACAAGACUGUCUCCGCCAGGAGAAACGAAAGGAGCGCUCAAAACCUACAUGGACUGGAAGGCAUGGAUCAAUGAACUACAUCCAUACGGACCACCCCCGGACCCCCCACAUUGCACAUACAACUAUCUACGGGCACCAGACGAAGUAUAUCAGGAGGCGUGGCAGACACACAAAGAGGGAAAAACAGAGACAAUCAGAUCAAGAGACAUAUAUGUGGGAAAAGAAGGAGUCGCAGCAUAUUGUGAACUAACACCUGACCAGAUGGCAUGGUACACACUGACCACUGAAUCUGUGCCCCACAUCACCCUAUCAGUUGCAGCAGGAGGAAAAGCAAGGUGUCUCGGUCCAAUGGUGAAAAAAGCACUGACGAUGACAUGGCUGCCCACAACAGCACCAAAAUUGCAUGUGAACGCCGCAGGAGACAUGUGGAGAAUUUCUGACACACAAGACAACAAAGGAGAUAUGGAAGAAGUGGAGCUGGAAAGGGACCAUGGACGGGAACACACAAAUCACCCAAACACGGACCACUAUCUAAAAGAUGUCCCAGACAAGUUGUGGACAACAGGACCAUAUGAUGUAGGGAAGGUGACCAGCGAGAUUGGGAUGACACUGAAGAAUCCAUCUGACACACCAAUCUGGCGUCCCCAAUAUAAACUCAAAGAAGAACAGAUAGAAGGGAUUGGCGAGACCAUUGCCGGGUUGCUAGCAGCUGGAGUGAUACGGCCGUCAAACUCUCAAUGGAACACACCAAUACUGCCAGUACCAAAAGCAGGAGGAAAAGGAUGGAGAAUGGUGCAUGAUCUCCGCCCAAUCAACGAUGUAACAAACACGCGACUGUUGGUCGUACCAGAUCCCUAUGUCUCGCUCAUGAAUUUGUCGCCAGAACAAACCCACUUCUCAGUCAUAGAUCUGGCGAACGCUUUCUUCUGCAUCCCGCUGCGUCAAGUACAGGACUGGUUUGCAUUCACAUACAAUGGACGGCGAUACACCUACAACCGCAUGCCACAAGGAUACAAGGACUCCCCGGGAAUCUUUAACUUGUCAAACACAUGCUGGCAUUUCUGGGAUUGACCGGAUACAGCCGAAACCACAUCCCUGACUACGUGUCGCUAACCCAACCACUAAGGGACAUACUCAACACUGCCGGAAUCAGGGAACACCAACAAGUACUCGUCUGGACACCAGAGGCCGAGCAAGCAUUUAUCCGCACCAAACAAGCACUGGGACAGGCCGAACACCUCUGUCCCCCGGACUACACAAAACCAUUUCAUCUGGAUGUUUCUGAAACAGGUGGUACUGUUACGGCAGUUCUGUUUCAGAGAAAGGAGGGAGAAAGAAGAGUACUUAUGUAUCACAGUUCAAAACUUAGUAAUGUAGAAAUGGGACAAACAGGGUGCGGCAGACACCUGGCGGCUUUAGCCAAGGCCAUCGAAAAGACAGCACACAUUGUCAUGUGCCACCCGCUAAAAGUCAACACAACACAUGGGGUGGUGUCAUUUCUUACCUCAAGGGCUUUCACCAUCUCUGCAGUACGAAAAGCAAAAAUAUGUGGGACAUUGACAAAACCACACAUUUUCUAUGAGACUGGAAACAUCAACAUGGCCCCUGAGUUGGAUCCUGCUGAACUCAUACCACACAACUGUGAAUAUGUAUCUCAGAAGGAUCUGAAGAUAAGACCCGACCUUACCACCACACCACUAAAA